UAUAUUACAUUACGAUGACAUUAUUGUGAUAUAUAUAUAUAAUACAAUGGGUUCUUUUUCCCUGGGGAACCUUAACUAAUACAUCUAGUUCAGAACAUAAUUCUAUUAGUUAGAGCCAGCCUAACAAAAAUAAUUAUCAUCCCAAACCAACUUUAGAUUAUCAUUUGUUUCAAGGUCAUAGUUCUCAGCCUUAGUUGCUCAUUAAAAAUACUUGGGGAGGCUGAGCAUGGUGGCUCACACCUGUAAUCCCAGCAUUUUGGGAGGCCAAGGCAGAAGGAUUACUUGAGGUCAGGAGUUUGAGACCAGCCUCGCCAACAUGGCAAAACCCUGUCUCUACUAAAAAAUACAAAAAUGAGCUGGAUGUGGUGGCAUGUGUGUGUAAUCCCAACUACUUGGGAGGCUGAGGCAGGAGAAUCACUUGAACUUGGGAUUCUCCAAAAAUACAAAAAUGAGCUGGAUGUGGUGGCACAUGUGUGUAAUUCCAACUACUUUGGAGGCUGAGGCAGGAAAAUCACUUGAACCUGGGAGACAGAGGUUACGGUGAGCUGAGAUCAAGCCACUGAACUCUACCCUGUCUCAAAAGCAACAACAACAGCAAAAAAAAAAAAAAAACUUGAGGCACUUCUGAAAGCCUAGGGAACCCAGAAAUUCUGAUUUAAUUGAUGUAAGAAAAGGGAGGGGUACAUGUUCCCGGAAGAGUCUAAUGCCCAGCCAAAGGCUGUGGGAGCUGUGAGUGACCCCGCCCACACCUAACGGAGUGCCCCCUACUCUGCUAGUCAGUCAAAAGAACACCAGCCAACUUCUCUAAGCCAAGAGCUGCUUAUUUCCAACCUCCCAUGGAAGGGUUCACUUAAUACCAUAAGAAGUCAUUUUCUCUUUUAUCUACUGCAAGAAUUAACUUUGUGUAAUUGCCAUCCUUUUAUGAGUUAAAACAUUCUUCAUUUUUAAACAAAUAAAUAAAAAAGCUUAGCCAUUUUGAAGUUACCAGUAGGGAAGAAAUCAGGUGGUAAAGGAGAGGAAACGUCAAUUACUGAGGACGCUCCUGUGCCAAGUAUCUCUCCAUAUCCUUUUCUUAAAUUUAUUCAUUCAUUGUUAAAAUUCAACUUACAGUUCUUGAAAUCUUUACCUAGGAUGUGUCAGGCAAUGUUCUAGACAUCUGGUGUAUAUCACUGGACAAAAGAGUCCUGCCCCAUGAAGUUUUAUUCUAGCUUACCCCUAGUAUAUGCCAGACUCUGAACUAAGUCCAAAACAGAUAAAGCCACAUAAAAAAUGAUCCCUGCCCUUUCACCUCCCUGCAAAGCCAGCUUUAAAAAUAGGAGGGCUUUUUACAGAAAAUGAAACUGUGACUUAAGUUAAAACCUGUGAAUGUUGAAGUCAGAGCUCCAGUGUUUCCUGUACACCUUACCACCUAUUUGAAAAAUGAUGGGUAGUUCUCUUAAACUGUGAAUAAUUAGUGUAAGUUCUUAAACAAAAUAGUGAAAAUACUAAAAUCAUGCUUGAGAAACCUAAUUCUUGCCACCUCCUUACAUGUUUUAAGUCUGGCCUAGUGUUGUCUCUGUGCAGAACGAGCUGUAACCUACCUGGAUGUAUAAACAGGUUGUAACUUAUUCUUGUACCAGUCACCCAGUUUUGGCCAAUCAAAGGGGGCCAACCGUUCAAACCAUGUUCAAAUAAGGCAAACGCCAAGCUGUAACAAACCCAGCUAUUUUUGUACCUUGCUUCCAUUUCCUAUACGUCACUUUUCUUUUUCUGUUCAUGAAUUCUCCCCUACCAUGUGGCAUCACAGGGUAAUCUGAACUUUUUCUGGUUCUUGGGUUGAUCCAUUCAUGAAUCAUUCUUUGCUCAGUUAAAGUCUGGUAAUUUAAGUUGUCUAAAGUUUUUCUUUUAACACAAUCAAGAGUCAUAGAUUGCUGAGUCUGGAUAAACUACUCUUGACUCUAUGCAGUCCCAUGAAAAAUGACAUUUAGAAAUGGUUUUCCUUCCCUGGCCUCCAGAGAAGCAGGUGCUUUUGUACUCUGAAAUGCAACAUCCUCAUCUGUAAGAUGCAGGUGCUAAAUGAUGACUAUGGUUCUUUCAAUUGUUAACGUUCUGUGAGUCACUUCUUCAUUGCAUGUGUCAAGAAGCACGACAUUGAAGGCCUGCCUUUGCCAAUGCUUAGUGGUUAGAGGAUACAGAAUGAGCGUGAUCCUCUUUGGGUACCGAGUCAAUAACCAUCCUUCAUUUAUCUCAGGGAGCAAAGGCAGGACUUCCAUGGGUGUCCAAGGUCCUUGCUCAGAAUCAGGCUGCAUGGCAGCACCCUUAUUAACUACAGAUUCAGAGUCACAGAAGACAUUUACCAGAUACAUAUUUUCUGCCAAACCCUGCGCCAGCUGUUAGUAGAACAUUUCUUAUAAAAUAUUUGGUAAUAUGGAUGAAAAGGCAGCUUUUUCCUGCUUACAUGAUACAGAAAUAAGACUUCAAAUAUCUAUUAAAAUUUUAUUCAUCUCGGGAGCCAUGGUUUCUAAUUGUGUUUGAUCUUACACUUGUUAUGAUUCAGGAAUUCACAUCUGAGUUGGUUACAUGAUGCUAUAGUUGGCAUCUUAAACGCUUAAAAUGAGGUUUAAGAUGAUUCUUACUGCCACCAUCACAAAUAGAGGUCAGAAAAUGUUACCUAUGUGAAAAUAAAUGCCAUUUCUGGCACCUAAAACAGCUCUUUUCUCACCUUCCUGUGAUAAGGUUUUAUUGGGCUUUGGCAGGAAAGAAAAGAAACAAAUUUGCAUUCAGAUUUCAGGAGUAAGAGGACGCUCAUUAACAAAGCCACUUCAAGAUCCAUUGAAAUGCUCCACCACAAAUGUAUGCCCUAUUGCUAAAAUCACUGUCAAUUCUAAGCGUUUCUUCUCCCUUCAAUCACAUACCACCCAAUUUUCGGUUCCUAUAAUUGCUAAAAGCCAUUUAUGCCUUAUUGUAUGGGUUACAAAUAUCUAUUUUCCUGCUCUAUUCAUACACAUUUGGGAGCAUCUUAAAAUGCUGAAACACUGGCAAAUCUUAAUAUGUUUCAUUUGAAAGAAUUAUCAUCCAAACUUUAAAGAAACAGGGAGUAAAGUACAGUUUUUGCUGCUUGGUUACUGUUAAUUCCGGGAAUUUCAUCUUGGUGUUGAAUGCAGUGGUCAGAUUCUAUGAAGUUGUUUAAUUAAAGGUGUUCUGGUAGUCAAAGCCAUGUCUAAAAUCCCAUUUGUUUAAUUCUUUAGUAAUGUCAACAUUCCUAAAUUUCAUGCAGCCCAAGAGGUUUUUCCACUUGCUUUAAAUCUGAGCUUUGCCACCUUGAUAUCUUUUGCUAUGAAUGUUCAAUGAGGCGUUCCGAGAUCACCAAGAAUAGAAGCGACACACCCCGGGUCGUCAGAAGUUUAACCUUGGAGAAUACCAUGAAGGGCAAUUCUGGAAGAAAAAAGAGAAGGGAAUUCCUCAUAGGUUUAAGAUCAGAAAGCGGGGGAGGUGGGGGUGCUCUUAAAUGCCUCAGCCCUACUGCUAGCACAGUGGGGACUAUUAACACAUCAUAUAUUUUUUUCCUGCACUUACUCAACCUUGCAGAGGGACAAGUUGCUCAAUGACUUACCAGGAGACAAUUGCUAUUUUUAAAGAUGUCUUUCUUAUUUUAACUACAAGGACUUGGCUUGCUGGGAGGCUCUCGCUUUUGCUCAGGAGUCUUUAAAUGCAAAUGAGGGAAACCCCAGGUUAUAAAGCAUCUGCUUCGGCGGGUUUUCAAUCCUGUUACCCUAGCAACAUUUGCCCUUGUAUUCCACACGCCACCUUGACAGCCUACAUAAUAUAAGGGACGGGGCGGAGCAGGGGCUGGGGAUGGGAGCCUGGAAAGAAAAGUGGGGAGCACGGACGUUUAAUAUCGGUUAGUAGCUUGGAAUCCUUCGGAUAAUGGCCGGGCAAUGAAAAUAAAAAGCGCCAUUUCCAGAAAUAAAGAAAUUGGGGAGAAAUAAACACGUUGGUUCAAAGGAGGGGAAAAUAAAACAGAACUAGUCGGACCAAAGAGAGCAGAUAUUUUCCAAAAAUAUCCUUCCCACCAGCCGUGCUGCAGAUGUGUCACUGUGGCUCAGAGAGGCAGGCCAUCUGCUGCAGUGUUUCCCUGGAAACCCCCAGCAACGCCCCUCCCGGAGCUCCUCCGCGGCCUCCCCCACUCCAUCCCUGCGCAGCCAAGGAGCUUGCUGGUGAUGUCACUGCUGCUAGCUGGGAGGGAAUCCCAGGACCUGCGUCCCUCUGGCGGAGCCAAUCAUGGUCGGCUCUGGAUGCUGGAAACCUGGGGCUUUUAACCAGAAGGAAUUGCAAGAGCAAUAUGCAAUUCAUCACAGUCCACAAAGCACAGUUCCUAACAAAUUCUGAAAACGUGAUUAAAAAAAAAAAAUGUUGAGAUUUAUCUCUAAAAGAGGGCUAGCCUACAGUCGCAGGGCGGCUGGCAAUUCUCUACGGAGUUUUAACCUACACUCAAUGGAUGCAUGAAAAAAAGAAAUGAUUUUUUUAGCCACUUUAAAAAAUAAAGCCUUGCCUCCCCGAUUGAAAGAGAUGAAAAGCCAGGAGUCGGCUGCAGGGUCCAAACUAGUCCUUCGGUGUGAAACCAGUUCUGAAUACUCCUCUCUCAGAUUCAAGUGGUUCAAAAAUGGUAAUGAAUUGAAUCGAAAAAACAAACCACAAAACAUCAAGAUACAAAAAAAGCCAGGGAAGUCAGAACUCCGCAUCAACAAAGCGUCACUGGCUGAUUCUGGAGAGUAUAUGUGCAAAGUGAUCAGCAAAUUAGGAAAUGACAGUGCCUCUGCCAAUAUCACCAUCGUGGAUUCAAAUGAGAUCAUCACUGGCAUGCCAGCCUCAACUGAAGAAGCAUAUGUGUCUUCAGAGUCUCCCAUUAGAAUAUCAGUAUCGACAGAAGGAACAAAUACUUCUUCAUCUACGUCUACAUCUACUACUGGGACAAGCCAUCUUGUAAAAUGUGCAGAGAAGGAGAAAACGUUCUGUGUGAAUGGAGGCGAAUGCUUCAUGGUGAAAGAUCUUUCAAACCCCUCGAGAUACUUGUGCAAGUGCCCAAAUGAGUUUACUGGUGAUCGCUGCCAAAACUACGUAAUGGCCAGCUUCUACAAGCAUCUUGGGAUUGAAUUUAUGGAGGCGGAGGAGCUCUACCAGAAGAGAGUGCUGACCAUAACCGGCAUCUGCAUCGCCCUCCUUGUGGUCGGCAUCAUGUGUGUGGUGGCCUACUGCAAAACCAAGAAACAGCGAAAAAAGCUUCAUGACCGUCUUCGGCAGAGCCUUCGGUCUGAACGAAACAACAUGAUGAACAUUGCCAAUGGACCUCACCAUCCCAACCCACCCCCCGAGAACGUCCAGCUGGUGAAUCAAUACGUAUCUAAAAACGUCAUCUCUAGUGAGCAGAUUGUUGAGAGGGAAGCAGAGACAUCCUUUUCCACCAGUCACUAUACUUCCACAGCCCAUCACUCCACUACUGUCACCCAGACUCCUAGCCACAGCUGGAGCAACGGACACACUGAAAGCAUCCUUUCGGAAAGCCACUCUGUAAUCAUGAUGUCAUCCGUAGAAAAUAGUAGGCACAGCAGCCCAACUGGGGGCCCAAGAGGACGUCUUAAUGGCAUAGGAGGCCCUCGUGAAUGUAACAGCUUCCUCAGGCAUGCCAGAGAAACCCCUGAUUCCUACCGAGACUCUCCUCAUAGUGAAAGGUAUGUGUCAGCCAUGACCACCCCGGCUCGUAUGUCACCUGUAGAUUUCCACACGCCAAGCUCCCCCAAAUCACCCCCUUCGGAAAUGUCUCCACCCGUGUCCAGCAUGACGGUGUCCAUGCCUUCCAUGGCGGUCAGCCCCUUCGUGGAAGAAGAGAGACCUCUACUUCUUGUGACACCACCGAGGCUGCGGGAGAAGAAGUUUGACCAUCACCCUCACCAGUUCAGCUCCUUCCACCACAACCCCGUGCAUGACAGUAACAGCCUCCCCCCUAGCCCCUUGAGGAUAGUGGAGGAUGAGGAGUAUGAAACGACCCAGGAGUACGAGCCAGUCCAAGAGCCUGUUAAGAAACUCGCCAAUAGCCGGCGGGCCAAAAGAACCAAGCCCAAUGGCCACAUUGCUAGCAGAUUGGAAGUGGACAGCAACACAAGCUCCCAGAGCAGUAACUCAGAGAGUGAAACAGAAGAUGAAAGAGUAGGUGAAGACACACCUUUCCUGGGCAUACAGAACCCCCUGGCAGCCAGUCUUGAGGCAACACCUGCCUUCCGCCUGGCUGACAGCAGGACUAACCCAGCAGGCCGCUUCUCGACACAGGAAGAAAUCCAGGCCAGGCUGUCUAGUGUAAUUGCUAACCAAGACCCUAUUGCUGUAUAAAACCUAAAUAAACACAUAGAUUCACCUGUAAAACUUUAUUUUAUAUAAUAAAGUAUUCCACCUUAAAUUAAACAAUUUAUUUUAUUUUAGCAGUUCUGCAAAUAGAAAACAGGAAAAAAACUUUUAUAAAUUAAAUAUACGUAUGUAAAAAUGUGUUAUGUGCCAUAUGUAGCAAUUUUUUACAGUAUUUCAAAACGAGAAAGAUAUCAAUGGUGCCUUUAUGUUAUGUUAUGUCGAGAGCAAGUUUUGUACAGUUACAGUGAUUGCUUUUCCACAGUAUUUCGGCAAACCCUCUCAUAGAUUCAGUUUUUGCUGGCUUCUUGUGCAUUGCAUUAUGAUGUUGACUGGAUGUAUGAUUUGCAAGACUUGUAACUGUCCCUCUGUUUGCUUGUAGUAGCACUUGAUCAGUAUGUCUUGUAAUGGCACAUCCAUCUGAUACGCCUCUCUUGUGUAUGAAGUUUUCUUUGCUUUCAGAAUAUGAAAUGAGUUGUGUCUACUCUGCCAGCCAAAGGUUUGCUCAUUGGGCUCUGAGAUAAUAGUAGAUCCAACAGCAUGCUACUAUUAAAUACAGCAAGAAACCGCAUUAAGUAAUGUUAAAUAUUAGGAAGAAAGUAAUACUGUGAUUUUAAAAAACUAUAUUAUUAAUCAGAAGACAGCUUGCUCUUACUAAAAGGAGCUUUCAUUUACUUUAUUUGGAUUUAUUUUUCUUGACAAAAAGCAACACUUUUAGGGAUAGCUUAGACAAAUGGGUUCUGGCUCGCUGUCAGGGUAAACCUAACACCUUACAGGAGGACUCAGUGUCACUUUCUCUCUGGGGAAAUGAUCCAGCGGCUUCUCUAGUUGAAGAUCAAACCACAGCUGAUAAAAAGGUGCAAUCAUUUCUGACUUGUAUAUUUCACUGAUUUUGAGCUAGUGAUUGGUUGUGUCUUUUCGGCUCAGAAGGAGGCAUAUUGCGGCACAAAAAGUCCAGGCCAGACAGCACAUGCAGCAUUUUGGCUGAAGAACUUCUAGAGUCAAAUGUGCCUGCUAUACAUAGCAGGGACUUGUCAUCAUAGGAAAAUAUUUCCAUCAUAGAGUGUUCAGAAGGAGUGACCAUAUAGGUGGAGAGAAGCUUGAUGACUUGGUUGAAAUUUUUAAGUGUGGAUGACCACCCCUUUCUACCCCUUAUUUUUAUCUUAUUUUUCCAUGUUGCCUUGAUCAGGUCAUAACUAUGCAUGAAUAUUUUUAUCAGGAAUGGCCGAUGUGUAUGUGAUUUGUGAUUAAUUAGAACUUUCCAAAAGUCAUGAUUCAUCAGGAAAUGCCGAUCCUGUUGGAAAGAUUGCACCUUUACUUGCAGAAGUGACCCCCACCUGUGUCCUGACCUCUCCAUUUACAGGCUCCACCACCCAUUUCCCCCACCUCCUUUAAUUUCUACUUUACUGUCAUAAAGUAGCACUAAGAUUGGUCUAAACAUUGCAUGUUCUCUUGUGAUGGUAAAUCGAAGGAAGGCAUUAACAUUUGAAAUAACUGCUAAUUCAGGAAAAUGAAAGAAAAAAGUUAUUUGAAACACAGAACCCAUUUCAUGGCCUGCCUGAUAUCUGUGAAAUCAGGGCUGGAGCUUAGGUUUCACGUAACCUCCUAGGUGCCAUGAAACAAAUGGGAAACAGGUUAUUAGCAGGGGGAGGUUCAUUAAGUCAGUAAGAGUCAUUGCUUAUUAUUUGCAAGUGAACUGAAUGUAUUUCUUCAAAUCUUGAUGUUAAAAAUUAAAAAGAAGAAAUGACUUGCAAGUAGAUCUUAGAAGAAAAAUGCAGCCUGGGCAUGAGUCAUGUUACACUCCCACAUGCUUCUGCAAUCCACAGAGAUGGAUGGCUCUCUGCAGGUUCUUGAACUUACUGUUAGUAUUUGGUAUCUCAGAUUUUCCAUCACUGUUCACAUGCCACUUUCUCUGUGCUCGGUGGUAUCCUCAUUUGCUUUUUAACCUACACUGAGGAGCCUCUGUCGAUUUGUACUGAUUUUUCAAUUCUGCAUAAAUGAGUAAGCUCACAGCAUGGGGAAGAAGACAGUCUGUCCAGUGAAGUUCUCUUAAUUAUUUUAACAUUGCCUUUGAAGGCCUUGACUCAUCCUUAGCUAUUUCAAUAAAGAAAUUCCUACCAUAAAUUUAAAACCCUAAAAAUUCAAAUUUCAAAUUCUUUGGGCAUUGGGGUACUCAGAUGUCCCAUUAUGUAAUAAUUUUGAGAAUAAAUAGAACCUUCUGUUGAGAACCAUGAGCAACAUUUUUCUUACUAUAAGAAUUGCUAUACAUUUUCCAAUUGCAAAUAUAUGUGAAAACUGAAGACGAGGAAGUUUUAUUUUUAGCUUGAUUCUGAUCACUCACAGAGGUGGCAUGUUAUAUUAUAAUUGGAACAUCCUUUGAACCCUUGAUAAGAAAGGGCAACUGGUCAGGGCCACCUGCCAUGGCCACUAUAUUUGUGUUCACAGGGAUAUCUCUGUGAUGCUUGUCACAUCACUCUCGUCCACUUCUGUUAAUAAAUUCAGGCAGUGCAGUGGCAAUCGCAGCGUGAACCUAUGUUCCCAGCAUAUGGAAAGCUAUCUUGGGUUUUAAGGCAGUAGAAAUUGCCCAGGAUUUUGACAGCAACUUUGUUUCCUGGGUCUAAAAUUAUAUUCCACUGAGGUGUAUGCAGUGGAGCAUAAUACAUGCAAAACUCUUUGUCUCACCUAAGAUUCACUUUCUUACUUUCCCUUCCUGCCUAGUAUGACUUUUGCCCCCAGGAGUGCCUGGACAGCAUUCUAGUUUCUACAAAAUGGUCCUCUGUGUAGGUGAAUGUGACCCAAACCUGCUAUCUCUUGUUUCAGUGUGACUCUCUUGAUAUAGGUAGAGUUUAUCCAGGGUAACUUGCUCAGUAACUACUCCUUUUUAUAGCCUGGGGUUAAAGGGCGCAUGGCUCACAUUGAUGAAAAUAAGGAAGGCCUGGUCUUAUCUUGUAUUAAUAAUACUGGCUGCAUUCCACCAGCCAGAGAUUUCUAUCUGCAAAGACCUGUGAAACACUGAAGAGAAAUGUAGGCAGAAGGAAAUGGCCACAUAUUACAAGUUCUAUUAUAUAUUCUUUUGUAAAUACAUAUUGUACAUUACUUGGAUGUUUUCUUAUAUCAUUUACUGUCUUUAUGAGUUAAUGUCAGCUUUUACUCUCUCAACUUACUAUGUAACAUUGUAAAUAACAUAAUGUCCUUUAUUAUUUAUAUUUAAGCAUCUAACAUAUAGAGUUGUUUUCAUAUAAGUUUAAGAUAAAUGUCAAAAAUAUAUGUUCUUUUGUUUUUCUUUGCUUUAAAAUUAUGUAUCUUUCCCUUUUUCUUUUUUUUAAGAAUAAUUUAUUGUUCAGGAGAAAGAAUGUAUAUGUAAUUGAAACUAUUGAAGAAUGCACAUUGAAGGCCGUGAGGUACUGAUAAACUAAAGAAUUUAUUAUUCAAAAUACUAAGCAAUAAGUAAUUGUGAUUUAUUUAAAGUUUGUCCAUUUUCCAUGAAAGACAUACUGCAAUAAAAAUGCUACUCUGUGGAGACCUGGGAGUGUUGCUCAGCAGACUACAGCUUCAGUCUGUUAGACCAGCACCUUUUGUCUCAUUCCCAUAGUUGUGCUAAUUUAGGAUUGUGUUUCAUGAACCCCAUGAUCAUCUUGUCUGUCCAUUGCUUUUGCCAAACCGCCUGUUCUGGAAUCAUCUUCUCCCUGUCAGUGCUGUUUAUCACUUUCUUCCUUGUCGAAGAGGCCACACAACCAGAUAGUAUGGUGUUUCCUUUUUCCUCCAUACACAAUAAUAGAGAGAGACUAUUUUAGGGCAUGACUGCCUGGAUCCUGGCUGUUGCUAUGUUUUGUAGUGACAGUAAGAAACUCCCUCAGACUAAUGAAAAUGUCAAUGUGCCAUUCAAUCAUGAAAAGCAAAGAAAAAUGCUUUUAUGGUUCAAAUAGUCCAAUGGCCCAUAGUGGCCUAAAAGGCAGCCAGUUGAGACACGGCCACGCUUCUCUUCCCUAUAGCGCCAGUUAAUUGACUUUCCAUCAGGCCCACAAUUUAUGGAUUCACAAUUUUAGAAGAGGAGAAGGCCAAGUUGGGUUUAUUCCCCUUAUUCUGUCAAUAAAAGAAAUCAAACUCAUGUCUAACUAACUGCUCAGGGAGGAGCCUUUACAUGAGAAAAUUCUCGUAUUCUAAGACUGAGUCAUAGAAAUGAGGGUAUUACUUUUCUUACUGCAAUUAACCUAGACAAAAGCCAUAUUUUAACAAAUAGAUAUUUGCAUGGUACCUUUCAUGUAUUUCAAGCAUUUUGCUCUUUAUUACAAUUAGGUUAAGAGCUUCUGAAGUAUAUGGAGCAAAGGUCAGCAAUCCUUUGGAGUGUACAGUGGCCUCCUUUAGAGUUAGGGGGUAACCCAAGACUUCCCACCAACAUCCACCUCCAUCUAUGUAUGCAAUUCCUAUUACCUAGUUAUUGCUCCACCAGGAUCAUUUCCAGACAUUCUGGAUGUUCAGGAGAUUUAAAUUGUAGCUUUUGACUGAGCUAGUUUUUCCUAUUUAUAUUAAUAAAUUUUUGAAAAAUGCUUGAAAUCUUCACAUUUGCAACAACUUUCAUUUUCAUGCACAUACAAAUACCCAGAGAGACAAAAAUUCCCAACAGAUACUCUCUGAAAGCCAUCACACUCUUUCACUUGCUCUAGAGUCAAUCAGCCAACCAGCCAUGCAGAAUAAUGCCUGAGAAUAAUAACUAAGAAUAACGUCUCAAACUUAAAGGCUGAGACAUUAUUCUCAGUUUCUGCUGUGGCUUUGUACCCAAAUUGAACACUAUAAGCAGCGAUCGUAGUAAUUUUGGUUAAAAUUGUUUGCCUGGGAUCUAGUAAUUGAAGCAGAAGCACAUGUGUGAAGGAGGUGAGGUGCUUUGGAAAGAAUGAAGACUCAGACUCACAUACAGCCAGAUUGAAUAUCUGGAUAAUUACUACAAUUCUCCCUUCUUGGUCAACACCAUGUUAUCUCUUAAUGUUCAACCCCAGGCUGGCUCUGGAAACAAGCAAACCUGAGUCUUCCCAAUCAUUAGAUUUCUUUUCUGUCCUAACCAUGAAUGACAAAAGAACUUGAUGUUCAUGAUUUGGAAUUAAAUAAGGCAGGUCUGAAAACCAAGAGACUCAAGAUGCUGGAAGGAGUGGAAAGUGUAGCUGAGUUUAUAUGAAUCACUUUGUGCUCAAUGUCUGGCUUGUCCUCUUUGAAACUGAUUUAAUAAAGUAAAUAUAUGGGAACUAAUCCUCCAAAAGAUUAAUUUGGCAGGAAAUACAAAUACUUUCACUUUAUGAAAGACAAAACUCUCUUGUUGCUACAGGAAGCUGCAAUAUUCCUAACCUUUAAGGUUGUCGUUGAGUUGGGUGGCCAUGCCCUCUUCUGCAGAUAUCUUGAAGCUCCUGUUGACCUCCUGGUACUGCAAUUAGUGGACUUCUCUGUGUAGCUACUGAUUUUGAAUUUUAAGUACACUUCAAAAGUUUAUCCACCAGGGAAAUAGGAAAAGAGUUUGGUUACCUGGAGGAAACCUAUUGUGAUCUACCUGAGCUUUUUAAAAACAGACUAGGAGAAGAAAAUCAGAAAUUUUUAAAGAAGAGACAGAGAAUGGGAUAAUAGUUUCACCCAGGAUCUCUUUCUAACGCUUUCCCUUCCAAUGAAAUUGGAACAGAAUUCGAAAGAAAAAAAGACAUCUCUGCCCACCCCACAGCAUGCAGAAAAGGCUAAAAGAAUUACUCUGCCGAUUUGAACAUCUUUAAUGGCUUAUAUAUAGGUUUGCUAAUAUAGAGAGAAAUGAACUAUUAAAUAAAAAUCACAUUUUAUAACA